AUAAUUGAUAAAACUUAAUAAAUUAAAAAAAAAUUAAAAGUUAUAAUUCUUCCCAUUUUUUAUCUGAUCCUAUAAAAUUAAAAUAUGGGUUCUUAUAAACAUUUCAACGAAUCAAUGAAACUCAUGUCUUAUCGUCAAUUCAUGCAUUUCUUGGACUUGAAUCACUGGGUCAGCAUGGCUAUAGUUUCGAAUUUCUUUUGUGAGAAUUCUCGUGAAAAGCUACGUGCUUCUUACAGUCAGAUCCAGCUACCAAGUAGAAUGUUUUCGCCAGAAGAACGUUUCCCAGCUGGAUACUAUGCAAGUCUGGGUAACAGUGAAAUUGGUUUGGCUACUACAGCUGCCAUACGAGCACUCGAUCUACCAUUAAGUGAUACACCAUUGGAUUCGAAUUUUUGGGCUGCCAAACAAAGCUUUGAUAAUGCUCUAAAUAAAAUAAUUGAAAUUGUCGAUUGUGUUGAUCCGAAGAAACUUAUUGAGAAGGGAAUUUAUUCACAAAGCACAUUCGAGAGCACAUUCGGGUUAAAUUGGUGCGAUGAUAAAGUGCCAACGACUUCAUUAAAUUAAAUUUUUAGGUUUUUUAUGUAUUUUUUUUU